UUGGGAGCAAUGAGUGGGCACGGGGCGAGGAUGCUGAGCUGCUGGGUGCUGGUGCUGGCGCUGCUGGGGGGGGCCUGCGCCCUCCCGGCCCCCCUGGGCUACUCCCAGGCUCUGGCCCAGGCUGUGGACUCCUACAACCAACGGCCUGAGGUGCAGAAUGCCUUCCGGCUGCUCAGCGCCGACCCCGAGCCCGGCCCGAACGUCCAGCUGGGCUCCCUGCACAACCUCAACUUCACCAUCAUGGAGACGCGGUGCCAGGCGCGCUCGGGCGCCCAGCUCGACAGCUGCGAGUUCAAGGAGGACGGGCUCGUCAAGGACUGCGCUGCGCCCGUGGUGCUGCAAGGCGGCCGCGCCACGUUCGAUGUCACCUGCGUGGACUCCAUGGCUGACCCUGUCCGCAUCAAGCGCUUCUGGCCGCUGGUGCCGGUGGCCAUCAACACAGUGGCUGCAGGCAUCAACCUCUACAAAGCCAUCAAGAGGAAAUGAGCCGUCCCCAGAGCCACUGUCACCACUUUCCCUCCACAGCCUCCCACCCAAUAAAGCUGUUUUCUGGCCA